GGAGGCUCUCAAUAAAAUCCCGUACACUACAAUGUGCAUUAAAGAGGCCCUUCGUCUUUACCCUCCUGUACCUGGAAUAUCCCGGAAGCUCACCAAACCAGUCACCUUUAGUGAUGGAAGGACUCUGCCUGCAGGUUUUUAUGUUGGAGUGAGUAUGUUCACAGUGCACAGAAAUCCAGAUGUCUGGAAAAACCCUGAUGUCUUUGACCCGCUGCGUUUCCUCCCAGAAAAUGUCGCUAAGAGGUCACCUCAUGCUUUUGUGCCUUUUUCAGCUGGGCCAAGAAACUGCAUCGGUCAGAAUUUUGCGAUGAACGAGAUGAAGGUGGUGACAGCCCUGACGCUGAAGCGAUACCAGCUGGAAGAGGACCCCGAUUUUAAACCCAAGUUGAUCCCAAGAUUGGUUCUUCGCUCACUCAAUGGGGUCAACAUCAAAAUCAGGCCUUUUGAACCCUAAGUGUAAAGAAGAAAAUAAAAAAAACACAACCUACUGCAAACUUGGUUCUUUUAGUAAGAGAAUCGUUUGAUUUGAAACAUGUUUAACGGAGAUUUUUACACUAAGACUUGAUGAUUUUAAUAUUUACAUCUUUUAAAUAUUUUUGAGAAGAAUUUCUUCCUAAAAGUGAACACAAAAAACCUGAAAUGCUCGCACACAGACACUUUUCUCAAAAAGUACGUUUGUAUGUUGAAUGUGUUGAAGGAUUUCAGUUUUUGUUUGAAGAUAAGCUUCAGUUUGUGAUAAACGCGAGACCUCGUCUGGUCUUAAUUUUACAAAAUGUGACUUUUUUAUUUGCUUUUUAGUCAUAAUACUGUGUGGAAUGUGACUAAAAAUCAAAUGCCUUUUUUUUUUUUUUUU